AUGUCUGAUCGAUCAAGUCCCGUGAACGGCGGUUACGAGGCCGCAAGGCUCACCGUCCGCAAGGACCUCUUCCCGGAGGUUCGACUAUCAAAGCUGGCGACUGAUGGCUCUGGUACGGACUCCGACCAAGAAGAGGUCGAGUCAGCCUCUGGCGUGAAGCUGGAGACUGAUUUCGAGCAAAGUAUAGACGAAAUUGCCAGUCAUAAGGCGCAAGUGGCUAAUGGGGCACUACCGUGUCCUACGCGGCCACGACACAGGAAGCACAAGCACCACUCCCGACAGAGUUCUCAAUCCUCAACUGUGAAUGGUUGUCUGCCUCCUAAAAGUAAAAGGAGAAAAGACUCACCAAAAGAUUCAUCCUAUAGAACACAUUCUAAACAUAGUGUUGUGUCACAAGUGAAAGGUGGUAAAAACUUGAAUUUAGUUAGUAGUAGUGAGUGUGCGGAAGAUGAUGAGGACAAUGAAGAAGCUGAAGAGGAAGAGGAGGAGGAAGAAGAAGAAGAGGAAGUGGAAGAGGAGGAAGAAGUAGCAGAGGAUAGUGAAAGUUCAGAGGAUGAACAGCUCAAACAUAACUCAAAGUUACCAAUAACAAUGCAGCGACAAAGUGGUAAACCGUACAGUCAUGAACUUAGUCAAUUAUCAACAAAAAAGAGUAAAAAAGACUCUAAAGAGCGUAAAAUUCAUGCAAUUAUACCAUGUAGUGGCAAACCAAGGUCUAUGUUGGACAUUCGCAGUUCGCGGGGUAAAAAGAAAUCAAAGAAGUCUGAGUGCACACCCACAUAUCGAAGCCAGAUAGUGGAUACUAACUCUAUGAAGAUUAAGAUUAGGAGAACAAGUGUUCAUGAAACUGUAACACCAACUCCUACAUCGGUUUCUGAUAUUGGUCAAAGGAAAUCUAAGAAGAAGCGGGCGGCUUCACCAGCAAGCGUCAGCUCUGGUGAGGAGUAUGAUCCGUCGCGCGGUGAUACUGCUGCCGCGAUGAGCGUCGCAGCGCCCAAGCCGCGCCACCCGCGACCUAAGACUCCUAAGCCUAAGAAACCGACAAGUUCUAAAAGUAAGCAAAAGAAAAGUGAAAAGACUGAAAGAACUAGAAUUAGUGGAGCUGAAAGUAAAGAGACUGGACCACAAAGUCCUUGGGGACAUUCUAUGCCUAAGGAGAUUCUAUUAAAGAUAUUUGAAUAUGUUGUGGCCUCUCAGGGCACAUUGCCUUCUGUGAUCAGAAUUGGUAGAGUAUGUAAGUUAUGGCACAGUGUAAGCUGUAGACAAGAAUUAUGGAAGAAUGUAGACCUUGCACAAUAUACUACAGAAAAAUGUAAAACGGACUACAAACUAGUGUGGCUCCUGGAAAACCGGUUAUCGCAAUGUCAAAACUUAAAUAUUGCUCAGUGGAAAGUGAGCAAUGUAUCAUGGGUGCUGGCGUGUGUCGCGGACUACUGUCCACAACUCGUGGAGCUCAGCGUGGCCGGCUGGAGCCGCAUCACCUCCGACCAACUCUUCGACCUACUGCAAGCCCUGCCUAAGCUGCAGAGGAUUGACUUAUCGCUUACGUCUGAAACGGGCGGUUCAAGUUCGUGCUUGUCGGCUGCCUCGAUGGCGCGCAUCACGGAGAACUUCGGCGAGAGACUCACGCAUCUCAUGCUGGCUAACAACAAGUUCAUAGCCAUGCCGCAGAUACUCACGUCCAUAGCGACAUAUUGCUCCAACUUGGAAGUUCUGGACAUCUCGGGUACCCUGGCAGCCUCGCACCCUGCCGCGGUGCCACUGGAGGCCCUGCAGAAGGGCUGUCCUAAGAUGCGAGUGUUCCGGGCUGCCAACUCACAGCUCGUGCUGGCCAAUGCUACCACUUCGCAACAGAUGGAGUGCCAGGGCUGGGCACACCUGGAGGAGCUGUCGAUCGCGGGCGAGGCGGCCACGGAGCGCGUCGGCGUGGGCGAGUACAGGCUCGGGGACGACGCAUUGGCGCGCCUGGUGCGCGGCGCCACGCGCCUGCGCCUGCUCGACCUGCGCGGCCUGCAGCGACUCACUGACUCGGGGCUCGUGCGCGUGCCCGCCUGGGACCUGCAGCAUCUCUUCCUCGGCGGUUGCAACGUGACUCGUCAAAACAGUGCUUGCUUGGAGCUGAUUUGUGAGAAGUGGUCUCACAGUCUGAUCGAGUUGGACCUGUCCUGGGCGUCUGCCGCGCGGGUACUCGACGACGCCGUGUCUGCGUUGGCCGACUCUGCCGACAGCAAGCUGAGAAUACUCAACUUGUGUGGAUCAUCGGUGUCUUUGGAACCCGUAAAGAAAGUUCUUUUAAAAUGUCCACAUAUUGAGUCUAUAAAUCUCAGUUCUUGUCGAGCGUUGCCUCGGGGCAUGAAACGCUUGUACACAGGCAACGAAAUCCAGGACCUUAAAGACAGUUUAGAUCCAGAAAAAAUUAAAGCCAAAGAAAAUAAAAAAGAAGAAGAAAGUUCAAAGACAAAGAAAAGCGUUAAGAAGUCAGCUGCGGAUUCCAAGUCAGAAUCUGUCAGCCAAGACAACUCUGCAGAUGUGUCAGAUAAUUCUGACGCAAAAAAAGAUACAACGUCUACAAAAGCGGUCACUUCACCUUCUGUAUUCCAAGAGCCUAAAAGUCUUUCAGAGUCACCUUCUGCUUUGGCAGAAAAACAUUCAGCAUCCAAAAGGACGCCAGUGAUGUCUUCGCCUGACAGUAAAACACUUGAUCAAAAAUACAGCAAAGAAAUUAUUGGUGCUGUACCUGAAGGAAAACGGUCGACAAGAGGUACGACUCCAAAGCUUCUUAGUCCUGCUACACAAUUAAGACCUGAUUCCUCCUCCACGCCUAGGUCCGAUCCCGUCAAAGAUCUUGGAAGUCCCCAUUUCAGUCCAGUCCCCAAACCAGACAGUCAAGUACAAAAUAGUCCCGAAGUCCAAACAGACUUACUAAACCCAAGCCAAAAGAGUAACUCAUGGAAUCUAGGACAGUUUAAAACCACACCCACACAUAAGUCUGAAGCCAGCCCGUUAAGUAGGUUAGAAACUCACACUAAAUUAAAACACGGCAAAGUUAUAGAGCAAUGUAGUCCGACCACCUCGCACGAUAACAAACCUAGUCCCGAAACUCAUAGUAUCAAACAAGAUAGCAUGAAGAAUCCUAGCUGGAAUUACGGCAAUUACAGUCCUAUGCCGCGCCAAGAAAGUCAGUUCUCUUCACAGAGGAGUCCUUAUUCAGCUCAACCGAGCCCUGCUCAACCAAGCCCCUAUUCAACGCAACCUAGUCCAUACUCAACACAGCCGAGCCCAUAUUCUUCACAGCCUAGUCCCUAUUCAGCCCAACCGAGUCCAGAUACAAGUCAAAUUGUAAAACCAGAGUUACAAAAAUCUAGUGCUUGGAAUACAGGAAACUAUAGUCCCAUGCCUAAACACCACCCACCAUUUUCUCCCCACCCGUCCACACAUGCUAGCCCCGACCCGGGAGUUGGCUUGAAAACUGACACUCUUAGAAACAAUCCAAAUAAAACUCCGGGACAUAGUCCAAUGUCAAGACAAGAUCGCAUCCACCAUAGUCCUUAUUCACCCAGACCUAGCGUAGACGUAAAUUAUAGCAAUAAAAAAAGCCCUGGAGUUGGCAACUAUAGUCCUAUGAUGCGGCCAGAUUGCCAUCUACCUAGUCCAGACAGAGGCUCUACUGCAAGACCCACAAUGGCUGGAAGACAACAAGAUAUAUAUGGAAGAACUGUAAAUAAAGCACCUGAUAUACUACAUAAUAGCGCACCCCAACCAGAGAUUCCAAACUCUUGGGGUAUAGACAGAUUCAAUCAGAUCACUAACUCCACCACCUCGGCCAUCGAGUCCCUCGUGUGGGGAGCGACAUCGUUCAACACGGAGCCCGCUCCGAUGCCGCCGCGAGUUGACAACAUUCCCACCAUGCUCAACACGCCGUCACCACAAACGUGGUCCGGUUUGCCUCCGUUCGAAAAUAGUGUUCAAAGACCUAAUGACGAUUUUAAUGAUCCGUGGACUUUAGGACAAUUCCGUGAACAGCCUCACCAUGUGCACAAUACGUUCGUGGAUCAAAACAGUUUCGACCUGAGUGCUCACUUAGGACAUCAGGCGCACUCACUACAGAGUUAUCUGGAAGAAAAUUUCCCAGAGACCUCUCGUGUAGAAUGA